CCUCAGGGGACAGCAAUGGCAUCACUAGUUCACAUGCAUAAAAUCCUCUCAGGCAGAAUGCAACAUUUUCCCAGUAUUGAGAAAGCGAUUGAAUGGAGUAUUAGAGGAGGUUCUCUAAGAAAUAUUGACUCUGCUCGUGUAUCCAUUCCAACCACUUUAAAGUAUGAUGAUUCAAAGAAAUGUUAUGUCCACAGAGCACGGUUGGAAGAGACUGAACAAUAUUGGAGAGGCUGGUAUGAAGGCCUUUCAGAAAAAUUUCUAUCUUCUCCAGUUCCAAAGCUCUUACUAUUAGCCGGCACUGAUAGACUGGACAGAGCACUCACAAUAGGUCAAAUGCAAGGCAAGUUUCAAAUGGUGGUUGUCAGACAUACUGGGCAUGCUAUACAGGAGGAUGUACCUGAUGAAUUUGCUACAUUGAUACUCAAUUUUAUAUCUCGCAACCGCAUUGGUCCUCAUGGAGUCGAGAUCCCUGGACUUGCUCGGCCUCGGCCGGCACAAGCACAGGCCGAGCCAAAACCAUAAAACAGCAGCCAUGACAGUUCAUUCUGUGGCCUUGGCUGCCUUCAAACUUCAAGCUAGGA